CCCACCCCCGGCAUCCAUUUCUGUUCUGGAAGACACGGUGCUCGCGAAGAAAAUCGUUGCUUUUAAAUUUUAUUUUAAUGUAAUUCUCCUACAAUCUGGACUCUGUCUUACGAACAUUAUUAAGAAAAACCAGCCGGUCUGAGUCGUCACAUUUUUCUGUCUGAGAAAUCGUACAGGCUUUUCAAUCGAGGCGGGCCUUUAUUCCCCAUUUUAACUUUCCUGAGCGGCGUUUUCCGCCGUUUUUUUUUCGCUAGCCCCACUCACUAUCCCCUCCGUGUGAGUAGGGGCCUGUAGUGUAGCCACGAGGCGUGUUGGACCAGCGGGAAUCGGGCGAUGGCGGAGUUUGGUAACGGAUUGGCGGAGGAAUCUCUGCUGGACUCAGAUCCAGGACACCCAGAACUUGAAGACCCAGGUGUCGGCGACGAAGAGCCAGGAUUAGAAGAGGGAGAGGCCGCUAUUGAGGACCCGGAACUGGAGGCGAUCAAAGCCCGGGUGCGAGAGAUGGAGGAGGAAGCGGAGAAGUUGAAGGAGCUACAGAACGAGGUGGAGAAACAGAUGAACCUGAGCCCUCCACCCACUGGUCCUGUCAUCAUGUCCAUUGAAGAGAAGAUGGAGGCAGAUGGGAGGUCAAUCUACGUCGGAAACGUGGACUAUGGUGCCACUGCAGAGGAGCUUGAGGCUCACUUCCAUGGCUGCGGCUCCGUAAACAGAGUCACUAUCCUGUGUGACAAGUACACAGGCCACCCCAAAGGGUUUGCGUACAUCGAGUUUGCAGAUAAGGAGUCUGUGAGGACAGCCAUGGCACUAGACGAAUCCCUCUUCAGAGGACGACAGAUUAAGGUCGGCGCCAAGAGAACAAACCGACCAGGAAUCAGCACCACAGACCGCGGGUUCCCCCGUGCUCGGUUCCGCUCGCGGGUCAACUUCUCAUCCAGGUCACGCUACUACAGCGGCUACACGCCACCCAGAGGCAGAGGACGGGCCUUCAGGUUUCAGGACCAGUGGAGGCUGACCACUCCUCCUCAAGUGGCGGCGGCGCCCCCCACUGUCUCGGCGGCGUCUCUCUCUCUCUCCGCUCCUGCUAUGCACACUCACCCCAUUCUGUCCGUGUGGGGGGGGGGUGGGGAGGGCGACCACAGGCCCACUGCUGCUGGUAUUUACUACAACAACAAGCGUUGAGCUCUCACACAAAACAAACAAGCAAGCAAACACACACGAAAAAAAACCCAGACAUAUUACACGUGCACACAAACACACAGGUACAUGCGCACACACACAUACGUACACAAACACUAGGCCAACAGCACGGCAUACAUCCCAC